AGAUAAUGCACGACAAACACACCCUAUAACUCAUAACUACAAUAUUCCCCUAUGUCUAUGCCCCAACAACGGUAUCUUUUCGUAGGGUGUCUGGCUCUCCUUGUGCUGCUCAACACGGUUGCGACAACAUGGCUUCCCUCUCUCCGUCUCAUCGUCUGGGCCUUCUUCACGGGCUGCGCAGUGUCGUGUGUGGUGCUGGCUGCCGCAGUACUAUUUACUAGUAACGUCAACACGUGCACAACAUCCUCGGCUGGUUCAGUCGCCGAAGAAGAAGAUGAAGAUGAUAAUCCGCUGCGGCGUAUUAAGCCGCUGGCGAUCAUCGCAUCCAGCACAUGGAAAGCCGAGACCCUCGCAUUAUCCGCCGAGGACUCAUACACUCGCAUCCCACUCUUCCCGCCAUCAUUCCAGAUCUCACACGCUCUGGAUAACUUGCUGGACCUUGUGAACCGUGACUUCGUCUCCUCAUGGUACAGCAAAAUCUCUCCGCAGUCGCCGUCGUUCUCCCUGCAGGCGGAGAAUCUGAUCCGACAUGCUGUCCUUGAGAUCUCGCGGCGGAUACAGGCAAUCGAUGCGCCCCGGCUGCUCGUCGGGAGGAUUGUGCCGCUGCUGACAUCACAUUUACAUGAUUUCUCGGCGGCGGAGAGGACGGUCAGAGGGAGGCAUCUGAACAUUAACCUCACUGAGUCCGAGGAGCUGGAUCUGGCGAUUGCAUCCAAGUAUAGGAAUGGAAAGCUCCAUGUUGCCGCUGGGUUGGGGUUUUCGGAUAUGAAACAGGCGCAGCAGGAUCAUCUCAGGAUGCUUGUGGACAAGAUUCUGCCGAUGCUACUCCCAUCAAAGGAGAUGAAGAGUAGGGUCGUCAGCAUCAUUUCGAGGGAGAUUAUUGCUUGUGCGGUGCUGUACCCUACGCUACAGAUGCUGAGUGAUCCGGAUACCUGGAAUAAGAUCAUCGAGGCCAUUGGGAGAUCUACAUUGCAAGACCGCAAGACAGUCCGGAAACUGCGAGCAGCGCUGGACCAACAUGCAACUCCACACCCUCCAGACACAGCCCGUCACUCGCGGGCCGUCACCGGCACCUUGCAACAGCAAUUCAUCCGCCUCACACCCAAAGACGACGAGCGCUCCUUUGAGCGUUUCAUCCGGUCAAUUCGCCUCUGUAAUAACCUUUCCGACGCGCGACGACUCCGGAACGAAAUCACAGCCCAGCUCAAGCGCGACGCGAAACUGGAGAGUGUCGAGGGGUAUAGCGUCUACCUGCGGCGUCUGGAGACCGGGAAGCGGUUGAUUGAGCAGAGGGUGGUACAUCUUUCAGCAGGACCGGGGAGGGCGGGGGGUCAAGGGUUGGUUAGAUCGCAGUCUGAGAUUGUACUACCCGCGAAAAAUCACUCAUCGAGGUUGGAGUCGGCGACGCUGGAAGAGGUUAUGCAGGACUCGGCAGGGCUAUCAUACUUCAUGGAGUAUAUGGACCGCAAGCAACGGUUGGCACUGGUCCAAUUCUGGCUGGUAGUCAGCGGCCUUCGUAACCCCCUGGAGGAAGACAUCCCCUCUACGGAUGAAGAAGACAGUCUCGCCACGGCAGCCGCCAACUUCGCACCCUGGAGUGCGUCCGACCGCAACGACAUAGCACAGAUCCACGACGCAUACCUAUCCAAAUCCGAGCUGCGGAUCACGGACAAGCCCCGGCGCGCGAUAAAGCAGUUCUUAAAGUACGGGGAUAGGGCAACGCAGUCGCAAUAUGUCCGUGCGAGAUUUUCGAUACUGAGAGCGCAGACUGCCGUGUAUAAUGAUAUGCAGAAGAACGACUUUCCCGGGUUUAGAGCGAGUGAUCUCUGGUAUAAGUUCCUUGCGUCGGGGGAGAGGACGGCCGGUUUCAACCAGAGGAUUUUUGAUGACCGGGUUUCAUCACCGGGCAGAGGGUCAACGGGCCGACAUUCGUUCGAUGGGCGUUCAGGGACCGAUGGUGCCGAUAGUAAUAGCAUUGAUACUGACCCACUAUCGGCUUCUGCUCACAAUAUUGGUGCGGCUACGGCAGAGGAGUGGAAUAGCGAGGACCCGCUGUAUUCAACUGGCCCGAAAAUACCCGGGAUUCAUACGCCCGAGAGCAACAUCGUCGAAGCAAUGGAGGCGGCAUUGAAUGACAUCAUCGAAGGCCGUCCUAGUGCAGCGGAUGGAUCACCAUCCCUCGGUGCUGCCUCACUACUCGGCACAUCGGAUCAGUCCCAGAGGAGCUCGUUGGACUCUUUUCGAGAGCGACCAGAAGGCAAAAAGGACAAGAAGAAAUCUAAGCUGCUACCACCCAGUCUUUCCUCUCUAGGCCUUCUUGGGGGGCAGCCGAGCGGUGGCGUGUUCAAGGAGGACCUCUUCCCCGAGGAGAACCCGGAGGUCGCCGAGUCGCUCGAUUACACGCAGGUCGAUAAGACGGUUCACGACGACAACAGCGAUGAUGAAAUCCAUCAGGCCGCUCCUGGGGACCUGGGGCUUGCAGAGGCGAUUGUGGCAUUAACUUUUGAUAUUGAGAAGUUGUGUACGCAAGAGGCGGUGAUUGAUAGCUUGUAUAGGAAGGCGGAACUUACGAAUAAUACGGUGGAACUGAGGAUUUUGAGGAAGAGUAAGAGUAGUCUACAGAGAGAGAUUAGGAGGAAGGAGCUCCAGCGACAACAGUAUAUUGUCCAGGAGAGUGAUAACAGUCUUUAUGGUCGGUCGGAGGUUAGAAUCAAGUCGACAAUGGUCGGGAAUGAGAAUGGGCAGGAGUACGCUCUAUAUAUGGUGGAGGUUCAACGCGAAGGUGGCGAGCAACUACCAGCGGCGCAAUGGGUCGUCGCCCGGCGCUACAGCGAAUUCCUCCAACUCCACACGCAGCUAAAACGCUUCGAGUCGGUGCGGGACCUCGACUUCCCUCGUCGACGCGUCGUCCUAAAGCUACAAAAAGACUUUCUUGAGAAGCGGCGGGUCGCUCUCGAGCGCUAUCUCAAAUCCCUCCUCCUGGUCCCCGAAGUCUGCCGCUCUCGCGAGUUCCGUGCCUUCCUCUCCCAGCAGAGUAUCGAGCCGAUCCAAGACGGCGAGCAGGACACCGAAGAUGGACGCAAGGAUCUCAUGUCCCGCCUGUACAACUCUAUCGCGGAUGGAAUGGAAGACGUCCUGGGCAACCUCCCAAUCCUGGACCAGCUCUCCCUCGCCAGCGCGAAUAUCAUUGCCGCAGCUACAAAUCAGCUUCAGGCGCCGCAACCGUCCAAGAGUCAGAGCGACGAUGUAAACGCCAUUGCCGAGGCGGAAGCGGAGCUGAAUGCGUUUGAAGAUCGCGAGGCACAACCGUUCGUUAAGCCCAUCUGUGACCUCUUCUUGGAGGUGUUUGAGCUCAACAGAAAGAGCAAUUGGCUACGUGGACGAGCUGUUGUCGUGGUGCUGCAUCAGCUGCUGGGCGGGACGAUUGAACGGAAAAUCCGAGACCAAACAAAAGCCACGCUCGACGAAGAGUCGGUACUGGGAUAUAUCCAGCGUCUUAUGGAUACCAUGUGGCCGGAUGGAGCACUCUCUACGAGCAGCGGCGUGCCACGAACACAAAAAGAGAAAUCAAAGACGAGGAACGAAGCUACUGUUAUGCUGGCUAGCUUGAUCCCCGAACUCUCGGCCAGUGUAGUUGGAAGAGCGAAUGCCAAAUCGGCCAGUAGAAGACUAUCGGCUGUUUGCAACAACCAGAGGUUAAAGUACCUUCCCCUGAUCUCCCUUAUCCCCGAGUCCUUCAACUUACCAUAUCUAGCACGUCGAUUCUAUACACCGUACUAGAUGAGCUAGUAGAGGAGGUUUUUGGGGU